GAAUAUUCAUGAAAAGGUCCGCUUACCCGGAAGUAGCCGCCACUCUCCUCUUGUGCUACGUCAUCCGUAAUGGCCGCUUCCUGACGACGCUGCUUCUUGCUGGCUUUGGCGAUUUUUAGCCGCCAAAAAAAAUGGUGCUGACAGAUAACAACUUCAUUUUCCGUCUAAAAGGAGUUUUGGAUUUCUCCUGCCAGUUUGACAGCUUUAAUGAAGCCCACACACGGAGCUCCAUCUCCAAAGCCUUCCAGGUUCUCCGCUCCAGAAUAUCAUCGGAGAGUCUGGUGUUCAUAGUGUGUAACAGCCCCAUCCUGCUGUGGCCCAACAAGUCGUUCCACUCCACGCUGGACAGCCUGAGGGAGGACACGCCAUGUAGAGACGUCCAGCAGCACAUCGAGGUGGAAGACGGAGCGAGGAAGUCCUCAAAAAAAAGGGAUAAAAAGGACACCGGUCCUGUCGUGGUGAACCUGAAGCUCUUGAUGGAGGUCACGGAGGCGGGAAACAGUGCUGCAUUGAGUCUGUGCAGAGUGAUGAAGAAGCAGCGAUGCGUGACCGUGCCUCUCUGCAUGGACUGUGUGAUCGGAGCCGGCGGCUGCGACGCUCUCGGAUCUGUCUGCGCAGGCCUGGUGGCGGCGCUGCAUGCUCAGCUCUCAGAUAUGGAAGAAACCCUUCUCAAAUACAAGAAGGAAACCACUUUUCCGCUACCGCAACCUUUUCACUUCCAGCUGCCCGAGUCUGAUCGCCUACUCACGAUUAUUUAUCCUGCAGGAGUAUCGGACGAUCAGCUGCUGUCUGUCAGAGAGGAGCUCCACAGGAAGCACUGCUUGCUCGCGGACCGGCCGUAUUUCCGGCGUUCCAAUGCCUUCCAUUUCCCGGGCGAGCCGUAUAAAGACGGCUACCUGCGCAAUCCACACACACACCUCACCGCUCCCAGUAUAGACGAUGCCAAGCUGUACGUGGUGCGAGGCGUGUACAGUUAUCAUCACUACAUGCAGGACCGGGUCGAUGAUAACGGGUGGGGCUGCGCGUACCGCUCACUGCAGACCAUCUGCUCCUGGUUCCUGCAGCAGGGCUACACCGAGAGGAGCGUCCCCACACACAAGCAGAUACAACAGGCUUUGGUGGACGUAGGCGAUAAGGAACCGUCCUUUGUGGGUUCUCGUCAGUGGAUCGGAUCGAUUGAAGUGCAGGCUGUUCUCAACCAGCUGCUGGGAGUCAACUCGAAGAUCCUGUUCGUCAGCCGUGGAUCUGAGCUGACUUCUAAGGGCAGAGAGCUGGCCAAUCACUUUCAGACCGAGGGCACACCCAUCAUGGUCGGAGGUGGCGUCCUGGCACACACCAUCCUCGGCGUGGCAUGGAGCGAAACCAGCGGGCAGAUCCGCUUUCUCAUCUUGGAUCCGCACUACACUGGCGGGGAGGACCUACAGAGCAUCACUGACAAGGGCUGGUGUGGAUGGAAGGGACCCGAGUUCUGGGACCAGAAUGCCUACUACAACCUCUGCCUUCCCCAAACACCAAAAAUCAUCUGAGAGUCUGAGCAUUUUAAUGUGACCCGUUUUGUAAAUGGUCUUUCACGUUUUCAUCCAGAAAAUAAAAAUAUAUAUCUGGCUUGA